AUGACCAAAUUCUACCACUCACUUAGGCGCCGUGUGACAGACAACUCCCUCCGCGUAUUUCUCUUCUCACUGUAUUUCCGCUUGCCUAAGCCGCAGCGUGGGCCGUUUGCACGCCAAGACCACUGCCUCAAGGGGGGCAGGGCCGUGCACGGCUGGUGGGCAGGAGGUCAUUUCAACGCAGAGGUGUGGUGUGGCGCCACACUCGGCACAGGCAGCAUGCAGCCUCAGGCAGAAGGACCCAAGUACGCCCAUCCGCAGGUGGUCUUCUUCACCUGCUUCUUCAAGGCGGCAGCCCUGGGCUUCUACUUACUGGGCAGCUGGUUCACGAGCAGCUUUGUGAUUGACUUCGUGGUGUGCGUGCUGCUCAUCGCGCUCGACUUCUGGGUGGUGAAGAACGUGAGUGGGCGCAUCCUCGUGGGGCUGCGCUGGUGGAACGAGACCGACGAGGCCGGGGAGACGCUCUGGCACUUUGAGUCGCUCGACCAGGCCUCAUUGGACCAGCUGAGCAAGACGGACGCAUGGGUCUUCUGGUGGACACUCUAUUGCACGCCAGCGUUAUGGCUGGGGCUGGGGCUCAUCCAGGUCAUCCGGCUGAGCUUUGACUAUCUGCUCAUCAUCAUCGUGGCUCUUGUGCUCGGCGCUGCCAACAUCUACGGCUACACCAAGUGCCGCCGAGAUGCCAAGAAGCAGAUCCAACAGUUUGCAGCACAGACCAUGGCACAGAAUUUCGCCUCUACGCUCACCUCUGCCCUCGCAGCCUUCAACUACUGGAGCUACCUCCCUGGUGCUGCUCCCGCGCUGCUGCGUGAGAUGCAGGCGGAGAUGUUUUCUACAGCAGCAGCCCUGGGACUCGUAAGUAACGGCGAGAGGGGCAACUCUGGUAACCUGGACCUUUCACGAAACGCGCAGAGUCAGUUCAACACAGCCGUUCCGUCCUUCGGUAUUCCUGGACUUAGUCUGCUCGGCAGACGGCUGCUUGAGCACCAUGACGAUGCAGGAAGAAAAUUCGAGUCCAUGCGGAUCGCCGCAGCCCUCCAAGUGGUCACACGCGUGUUUGACAGCAGCAGCGCGACCAGCCGCAAGCAGGUGGGACCAAACGCGGGCAUGGGUGCGUACGCGCAGAGCGGUAACAUCGGCAGCAUCAACAACCAAAACACCGUCAACGACCAAACCGCGGAUGCCACCAAAACCGGGCCUGGCACUCCCGGCGUCAUCGCGACGCCUUACUCGCAGUACCAGCGGCGGGGCGCGACGGCGUACCAGACCAACACGCAGUCGCAGACGGCGACGACCAAUGCCAUCACGCCCACGUACCAAUUCGGGUCCACGUCAGCGACCAAUACUAUCACGGCCCUAGGCGGCGGAGGGGCCGGGUAUGGCGGGUACGGUGGGCUGGGAGCUGUUGCGGCGAGCACAGGAGGGGCGCUCGGCACGCUGAGCAGCGCGGGGGUGCCGUUUGCGACGUCACUAAUGUCGACGAAUCCGACUGGCGAUCCGAUUGGCCAAGGGGUGAAGUGCGUGAGUCAAUUUGACGGCGGCGGGUGCAGCGAGGAGGGGUUCCUGCCUGCGGCUCAUGCGAGCGCAAGGCCCGUUGAGGUAAUCUCUGAGCUUGGACCAGCAAGGACGUAG